AUGGUGUACAGUGAUGCAGUCAGACAGCAUUUGUCUCUGCCUCAAGACAGACGCAUGAACAUGCACACCUGUCACAACUCGUACAACAGGUCUUCUUUGCGGGUCACAGAGCACUGUAGUCAUGACAAGCCACAAGGCCAGCAGGACCUCUCUCAUUUAUGUGCAUCUGUAGGUAACAGUGAUGUCCACUGUCCUGUAUGUUUACAUUCAUCCAUCUUUCCUGUACAGACCAACUGUGGGCAUCUGUUCUGUGCUCCUUGUCUUAUAUCCUACUGGAAGCACAGCUCCUGGCUAGAUGCCAUCAGCUGUCCUUUGUGCAGACAAAAGGUGAAUGUAAUGCACCAUCUGUUUCAUGAAAGCACGUCGGACAGGGCACAGGGAGAGGUGCUGAUUCACAUUAGAGAUUAUAACAAACGCUAUUCUGGGACACCACGAACGGUGAGCGAUUACCUGUGCGACGCCCUUCUCCUUCUGCUAAUCUUUAUCCGGGCUGUGGGGAAUAUAGGUGGCUUAGUGUGGCUCUUCUUGCUAAGGGUGGCUCUGUGUGGCUUUGGCGCUGCCGCAUCCCUGGUGUCCCCACUGGGGGCCGUGCCUGGGCCCUUCAGCGGGACGCUGGGGCUCCUUGACGACCUGCUGGUGGUCUGCUUACUUCUCAUCUCCAUCAUUAACAUCCAGCAGAUGGCGCCAGAGAGGACCGCUAGAACACACGGAAUUCUGACCAACACUUUAUGAAUAAAGGGAACAAAAGGACACUGGAAGUCUGAUAGGUAUUAAGAGA